GCGCGUACCGACAAUUUCCUCCGUCAGCACGGCAGAUUCGAAUAACAACGCGAACCUGCCCGUGAAGAACACCUUCAUCGAUCUUGACAUUGGCCGGCCGCCUUCGCUGGACGAGUUCUUCACCGAGCGGCUCAUCCGCUCGGCUCCGGGGAGCAAAAUCGAGGAGGUGCCUGAUGAGCCUCUCAAGGAGGCAUCUGAUGCUCCGCCGGUACUGCGAUUGGCCGAAGCCCUCACGUUCUCAGGACUCCAACAGAGUGGGCAGUCAAAGCAGCCGACCUACAGCCUAGGCUCCGAAGGCCACAAUGCCCGAGAGUGCCACCCGUGCGCUUUCUACUGGAAGGACAAAGGCUGCAGCAGCGGCUCGGAGUGCAAUUUCUGCCAUCUCUGCGGACAAGGUGAGAAGAAGCGCAGACAGAAGGAAAAGCGGAAUGUUUGGCGCAGUAUCGAUCGCAUGCGCCAAGCAUUCACAAGUGGAAGGACGGAUUGA